AUGGUUAGAAUCAGAGGAGGAUCUACUAGUGCCGGACGGUCCUUUAGGCUUAGAGAUGAGGACAUUGAGAUUGAGAAACCACCUCCUGUGGCACCUAAGAAGAAGAUUGUGACCCGUGGUGGUAAAGCGAAGCAAACUGCCCAAAGAAAAUUGGUUACUCCAACUGCUGAAUCAUCUGAUGAGCAGUUGGAAGGGCAGAACUCUGAAGGGAACAAUGUUGGUGGAAAUGAGGAACCAGAGCAGGCUACCCAGGGUGAUGAAACUGUCACGAGGUCAUCUGGUAAAAGAAAGAGAACUGCAAAGAGGAAGAGCACUCCCCAAUCCAAGAAAAAUCAAUCUGCUGAUCCCUCUGUUAAUCAGCAGAAUGAACGAAACAUUGCUGAGAAUCAGCAAACACCUGAACCCUCCACCAGGAAAUCUCCAAGGACAAGGUCUGAGGCUCAGAAUGUUGGGGCAUCUGCCACACAAACCUCGAAAGGGAAACGUUCUGGGAAAGAUCCAUUUCUGCUCAAAAUUAGCACUGACAGUCGUAGGAAGCUCUCUUAUGGCAGAUUUCUGACUCCUAUCUUUACACAUUUUGAAAUACCUUUUUCUGGAAAAUCUCCCAAAGACAGUGCUUCAUCAGUUUUCUCAAAAGCUUAUUUUGAAAGAAAGAACUUAAGAUUUUCUGAUGGCCAUUGGUGCUAUAAGGAGACUGUGGCUGAAUCCAGAAGGAAAAACUUUCAUGAAACCCCUGUCACUCCUAGGACUCCUCGUGAUCAGUCAGACUAUGUCUCUCACUUCACCAUUCAUCCUAGAAAGUCUGCUAAUGGUCUCAUGAUGACCAUGACCCCUGCCCCACAAUCCUCCUUCAUUGAAAAAAGAAAUCUUCUUGUCCCUCCCAUACCUGAAAACAAUGCAAAUGUUCACGGGAAAGAGCCAAGACCUGAGCCCACAGGGACAGCUACUGGUACUGAGACUACACCAGCUUCCAGUUCUCAGCCCAAGGAUAAAGGCAAGGCUCCAGCAACUGAGGAAGCAUAUGAAGACGAUGAUGAAGAAACUGAGGAAGAAGAGGACCCUGAACAGUGUCGUCUGGCCAGGAGGAGGCCUGGAUCAUCCAAAAUCACCAUCUAG